AUUUUUAUAUCUUCAUUUGGCUGCCAUGAGAUGUGCCGAACUUGGGCUGAUCUUUUGCAGCUUCGUCGUAGACGUCGUGUCACAUCGGCUUGCUGAAGACACUCUGGAAGUGGUGGGCACAUCCCUGAUACAACGAUCUCUGUCCUUACAGAAAGCCCAUCCCUGGAUCGGCAAGAACGGCGACGUCCUUCGCCAGGGCUCCACCGUCGCCGUUGCGGCGACGCAUCUGCGCAAAGGCGCGGCGUGGAACUGGACCGCGCCGCUGCGGGGCUUGGUGCGGGCCUCGCCGGUGAUUGACGCUGAAGGUUCAAUUUAUCUUUCCUCCAUCAAUGGAGUCAUCUACAAGUUCAAUCAGCACGGGAAAGAGCUCUGGCAAACUAACACAGGCAGAGGCCUGCCGGGCAAUCCCGUGUUAUACGAAAAUAGCUUAUUCGCAGUACAGGAUGACUGCACCUUUUUGGCUUUGGAUCCUUCGAAUGGCAAGGAACGUUGGCGAGCGAAAGGUGGAGAUGUCUUUGGCCCUGACACUCCCAGCAUCAUUGCGGAGGGCGCUCGCGUCUUUACCGCUUGCUGUGACGCCUCGGAAGAGUCGAACAUCGGCGGUGCGACGUACGUCGUAGCCAUGGACGCCAGCAAUGGGCAGAAGCUGUGGACAAUGCGCCCUGAGAACAAGGUCUACAAUUUUUUGGCCUCCGUGGUCGACGACUCGCUUCUCUUUGCAGACCUCGCUGGCGGUGUGUACCGCCUCGCGACCAGCGACGGAAAGGUCAUCUGGAGCCAUUCCGCGCCCGAGCACGCCUCCCUUGGGACGGGAGGUCUGACCACAGCUCCCAAUGGCAUCGCUUAUGUCACCACCAACACGAAAGAUCCCAGCAUCGGAGCCUCUCGCGGUGUCCUUUCAGCCUAUUUCAUCACAGAUGGGAAGCUUCUCUGGCAAAAAUCACUUCCUUUGAGUGCCAAUAGCGGAGCAGCAAUUGGCCAGAAGUCACCCAACACGUAUUUCGUGACCGUGGCCCUCGGCCCGAAUCCAGCGUUGCCGCUGCCCUUUCCACCCAAGGCGUUCCUGGACAUCGAACCUCUGUCACCCAGCACCAAAGACGGGCUGAAACCGGGAAAAGCCAUGACAUUUGAUGCUGGCUCUGGAGAAGUUCUUUGGAGCUUCGACUUCCCGGACUGGCACGGCGUUGCUGCUGGAGAUAGCGUGGACCAUUUGUGCCUCCCUGAUUCCUUUGCAAAUCCAUCCAUAGGAGGAGAUGGAAGUGUCUACAUUGCAGGUGAAAGUGGAGUGAUCUAUCGGCUGAAGGAUAGCAAUGGAGAUGGAAAGAUUGACCCAGAUGAGGUUGACAGCUUUGACACUAAGAACGCUUUUCAAGGGGCUCCAGCCCUAAGCGAUGGGAUCGUGGCGGCGGCACCAUGCAACGGUCUCUUCGUAUUCCUCGAGUGAGCCAGGAUGGUCCGCGGAGUAGACCAUACGACUAAAGGUCGAGGACUCGAGGACUGCAGCCAGCGACAAAAAGUUGUGAAAUCCCGAACUCAAUGGAUGCUGG